AUGGGAAAGUCUUUUUCUCAUUUACCUUUGCAUUCAAAUAAAGAAGAUGCUUACGAUGGAAUCACGUCAACAGAAAAUAUGAGGAAUGGACUGAUAGAAAAUGAAGUCCAUAAUGAAGAUGGAAGAAAUGGUGAUGUCUCUCAGUUUCCAUAUGUGGAAUUUACAGGAAGAGAUAGCGUCACCUGUCCCACAUGUCAAGGAACAGGAAGAAUUCCCAGGGGACAAGAAAACCAACUUGUGGCAUUGAUUCCCUAUAGUGAUCAAAGACUAAGGCCAAGAAGAACAAAGCUGUAUGUGGUGGCAUCUGUCAUUGUCUGUCUGCUCCUUUCUGGAUUGGCUGUGUUGUUCCUUUUCCCUCGCUCUAUUGGCGUGAAAUACAUUGGAGUAAAAUCAGCAUAUGUCACUUAUGACGUUGAAAAGCGUACAAUAUAUUUGAAUAUCACAAGCACACUAAAUAUAACAAACAAUAACUAUUAUUCUGUUCAAGUUGAAAACAUCACUGCACAAGUUCAAUUUUCAAAAACAGUCAUUGGAAAAGCACGCUUAAACAACAUAACCAACAUUGGUCCACUUGAUAUGAAACAAAUUGAUUAUACAGUACCUACUAUCAUAGCAGAAGAAAUGAGUUAUAUGUUUGACUUCUGUACACUGAUGUCCAUCAAAGUACAUAACAUAGUUCUCUUGAUGCAAGUUACUGUGACAGCAACAUACUUUGGGCACUCUGAACAGAUACCCCAGGAGCGGUAUCAGUAUGUCGAUUGUGGAAGGAACACAACUUAUCAAUUGGGCCAGUCUGAAUACCUAAAUGUAAUACAGCCGCAAGAUUAA